AUUGUGAAGAACAACCUUCUCAGCUUGGUUGACUUUAUAAUGCUUCGUGUUCGGAUUGUUGGUCGACCUCAGAAGCUUGUUCCGAGCUUUUGUCGGCUUGUACAUCGUGCCUCAGCAUCUACUUCUGAUCCUUGGAACAGUUUGAUUUCAUCUAGGAUCAAUACCAACAAAGACACAACUUCUGCAGAGAAGAACACUGUCACCGGGUCUUCCACUAGUUGCAAUUCUUCUACAGCUUCUACGGAUGCUGCUUCAAGUCCGGCUGGAAGUCUUUCCGGAACUACGUACAUAGCGAAAGACAAUAUUGUCACAACUCAUGAGUUCUCCACCGGAGCUUCUAGAAUACUUCUGAACUACAGAAGUCCGUUUGAUGCUACAGUGGUUUUGCUUUUGGAUGCUGCUGGACUGACUUUGCUAGGUAAAAGCAACUUAGACGAGUUUGGAAUGGGGUCUUCUACCACGAAUUCCCAUUAUGGUACGACAUUGAAUCCGUUGUAUAGUGUUGAAGUUGAAACUGGAAAAGCACACAUUUCUGGAGGUUCUUCAGGAGGAUCGGCGGCUGCUGUUGCCGGAAAACUUGCUAAUUUUGCCUUGGGAACUGAUACAGGGGGAUCAGUGAGACAGCCAGCCAGCUACUGUGGGACUGUCGGCUUCAAACCAACAUACGGCAGGAUCUCAAGAUGGGGAGUCAUAUCUUAUGCUCAGACUCUUGACACCGUAGGAAUCAUUUCUGAUGACAUCCAUACUGUAGAGAAAGUGUACCAUGUCUUGGAUAAGUACGAUGACAAGGAUCCCACAUCAUUGCCAGAUGAUAUAAGGAACUCUUUGAAAUCAAAAUGUUCAGAAGAUGUCAACAGCACCUCAUUGACAGUAGGAGUUCCCCGUGAGUUUGUAGUAGGGGAUCUCUCUCAGGAAGUAAAGGAAGUCUGGUUUUCAGUUCUUUCACAAUUGCAGGACAUGGGCCAUACAGUCAAGAUAGUGUCCGUUCCGUCUAUAAAGCAGCUGUUGCUGUCAUACUACACGCUUGCUACAGCCGAAGCUGCCUCCAACCUCUCUCGCUACGAUGGGGUCAGAUACGGACAAACUACAGAAGACCUUCAAGAGAAAGCACAUGAUCUCAUUGUAGCCAACAGAACCAACGGAUUUGGACCAGAGGUCCAGCGCAGAAUUCUCUUGGGAAAUUAUACGCUUUCGUCAGAAUCGGGAGAUCACUAUAUUAAGGCAACUCAGGUCAGAGAGAAGCUUGUCAAUGAAUUCAACCAGGUGUUCAAUCUUAGGCAUGUAUUUCUGAACGAUACUAAUGUAGAUAAAGAAACACUGGGUAGAUGUGAUAUCUUGGUGGCUCCUACGGCUAUAAACAGCGCUCCCACACUUGAAGAGUACCAUCAGCAAAAUGAAACCAACUUCUUGAAUGACUACGUGAACGAUAUCUUGACUGUUCCAGCUUCUUUGGCUGGUUUGCCUACCAUAUCCAUACCUCGGGGUAAACAUGGAAUCCAAAUCAUGGGCCAAUUUGGAGCUGAUCAAACAGUGCUAGAUGUAUCCAAAAAGUUAAUGGAAGUAAAAUAAAUUGAAGUAGGUUCCUACUAUCUUCUUGUAUAUAUGUAUUUUAAGUAAAUAAAAGCGACUGAACAUUCUAAAGGGUUCCGCCGAAGGGUUUUAUAUAUUAUAUAAAUUAUGAGGUGU